AUGUCCAAAAAUCCAAGAAAGAAACACAGUUGGGGCAGCAACUUGUUAAGAAAACUAAAACUCAAACGUAAAGACAAGAAGGAUCGCACUUUCUCGAAUGGGGCCCAGCGCCCGGAAAAAGACUAUGCUAGAACCGCAGACCGUAAUGUCGAUGCUGCACGAUCUAAAGGCGUCGUCGGAGGUCUGGAUGCUUCGUCGUUGCUCAAGCCUGAAACAUUUACAGAGUCUCCGACCAAAGCAUCCCAGAAGGCAGCUUCUUCCCUAGCGCCUAGUCAAGGUGUGUUUAACAUCCCUAUCGUCAUAGAUCCUAUGGAGACAAAUAGAUUGGAAAAAACAAAUGCGAGCUUGACGCCAGGGUCAUUGAAAUGUCGCCAUCAGGAUGGAAGUGCAGAAUCAAAUUCAAAUUCCAUGCAAAGCUUGUCUGUUCAGACAAUGGAGGGGGAAAAGCCGACAAACGAAAGGCGAGAAGAGGCCACUAAUCGCGCUGAAAAGGACACUACAGACAGUCAUCAUGCACACACUACCUUUGAAACUUUUCUUUCGUUUGCUCAUAAUGCUUUAAGCCACAUUCCCAAAAUAAAUGUACAAGAGGGCGAUGACGGCUCAUCUUCCAAGAAUGAGUCGAGGGACCAAAAAAAAAUUUCAUCUCAUACAUCAAAACCACUCACUGAAAAGAGUACUGAUGAUAGAAAGGCUCAAUCGCAGCAAGAAGGCGACAGCCCGUUAUUGAAAAAUUUGGACUAUAUUCUUGCAGCAUCCGCAUCAUCAACCCCAGUAAACCAGCAGUCAAAAACGGCCACGACGGGGGUCAAGAGUAAACCGUCGCCUUUAUCUAAGUUUCCGUUUGGGAAUCUUAAAAGCCAUGUUCAUUCAAGUUCGUCUCCCAAUUCAAAUUCAGGGGAAGAUACAUCUUCGAGCAAGGUUCAAAAGGGCCCGAGUGAUAUGGCUCAGAAUGUGGUUUUCGAACCCACUCGGCAUUCUCAUGACAAAUCUCUUCCUGGUAUUGGAAACUUAAAACUAGAGCACUUUGGCAACUCUCAAAUAACCCUUGAAGGGGGAGAAACGGCAUCAACCGAAUCAUUAUCGAAGGACGAACCGUUUGGCGACAAUAACCCGCCACUGCACGGCAACUUGCACGAUACUGAUAAAAACAACCUUGAAAGGAAGCCUGGCCCAAAGAAGUACCCUUCUAAAUUGCAGGCAGUUACUUCCUCUACAACAGAUGGCCUUAAGCCUAGAAGAAGAGCAAAAUCCAUGGUUAAUACGAUGAAUGAUAAGCAAAACGGCAGCAAUGAUCUUUUACGUGAUCCUAAAACGAGAUUUUCUUUCAAUUCCUCUAAUGGGUUAGUAAGUGACGAUUUGGAUGAUGAAGAACGCGAACCCAGGGAGAUGUCCAUGAAGUUUCUUAACAGGAGGUCAUUUUCUCCAGGGAGCAUUAGUAUGGGAAUGAAAGUGCUUCCUUCCACGGCAAUUAAAUACUCAUUGAAUAAGGUAAAAAAUAGCACCGAUAUUGCUUCAACCAUAAUACCAAAACCUAAUAUUUCGAACCCUCGUCCCUCUUCAGCAUUACGAAGAAGUUCUAGUAAAAGCGUCUCAUCUACCCCCGUCAACAUCAUUGAACCGUCUAACGAAAGUGAUAGACCACUCAAUGUUGAAAUAGAAGGUGUAGAAUAUGCAAGCGAAAAAAAGAAUUCAGAGUUUCACGCAAUAUUCAAAGACUCUGGCGUAAGCCCCAAUGAAAGGUUGAUUUUGGAUCACAGCUGUGCCUUGUCAAGAGAUAUUCUUCUGCAAGGCAGAAUGUAUAUAUCUGAUCGACAUAUUGGAUUCUAUUCGAAUAUUCUCGGUUGGGUAAGCACAGUAUUCAUACCAUUCAAGACAAUCGUUCAGAUAGAGAAAAAGGCUACAGCGGGGAUAUUUCCCAAUGGAAUCGUCAUUGACACUUUGCAUACAAAAUAUACGUUCGCAUCUUUCACCUCCAGGGACUCCACAUAUGACCUAAUUACUGAAGUAUGGAACCAAAUUAUUUUGGGGAAGAGGCUACGCAGUAACAGCACAAGUAUAAAUAGCAGUUCAAAUUCUGUUAGCGAUGAUUACGAUGACGAUUAUGAUGAUGAUUACGAUGAUGAAAAUGACGAUUUUUACGACAACAAUAUCACCGAUUCUACUGACAUGACAUCGAGUGUCACCGUAGGAAAACCGGAAGAUUUACCCGUACUCUUUCAAAGCUCAGGUAGCGCUGCGAACUUGUCUGCUGGCACAGGAGUCCCUCCACUGGGUCCACCAAAACACACAAGUACGGAAGCGAUCUACAAGCCAGCAUCCAAUGAAAAACUGAUUAACGAAUCAACAAUACCCACACCGUUGGGAAAAGUUGUAAAUAUUCUAUUUGGUAAAGAUGUUAGUUAUAUCACCACAAUUUUGAAAGCGCAAAAGAAUUAUGAUAUUUCAUCAAUUCCCGCUCUUGUGGAUUCACCUACGGUUUCUGAAAAUACAAAAAGAGAUUACUCUUAUGUCAAACCAACGCCUGGGGCCAUUGGCCCUAGUAAGACCAAAUGUAUGAUAACUGAAACCGUGGAACAUUUUAAUUUGGAAGAUUAUGUACAAGUUCUGCAAACGACAAAAACUCCAGAUAUUCCUUCAGGAAGCUCAUUUUAUGUGAGAACAGUUUACCUUUUAUCAUGGGCAAGCAAUAAUGAAACAAAAUUAAAGGUAUACGCCUCUGUUGAAUGGACAGGGAAGAGUUUAAUCAAGACUGCCAUUGAGAAGGGUACCUUUGAUGGUAUAGGGGACACAGUGAAGAUACUGAUUGAUCAGAUAAAUACCCUUUCAACGAGACCUGCUAUCAAAAAGAAGAAGUCUUCAAAAGAGGGCACUCUCGCGGUGUCAACAUUACCGAAAAUGGAGCCCAACUCUCACGCACCCACUAAACCGAAUAUUCAAAAAGAUAAAGAUGACAUAAUUAUAAGAGAAAAUGAAAAUUUACCUGCUCCAUUAGGGACUGUGGUCCAAUUAUUAUUUGGUUCGAACACAGGAUACAUGGCUAAGGUUAUCGCUAGAGACAAAAACAAUGUUAACCUGGACGUAAUACCAAAAUUUUCACCGUCAUUGACUGAAGGCGCUACAAGGCACUAUGAGUACACUAAAAAAUUGAACAACUCUAUCGGGCCCAAACAAACAAAAUGUUUAUUAGCCGAGACCAUCGAGCACAUGGAUAUCAACAGCUACGUUUCAGUAAUUCAAACAACGAAAACUCCCGAUGUUCCAUCGGGCAACAGCUUCACCGUGGAAAGCAAAUUCUAUCUAUGCUGGGGACAACGUGACACUACAAACAUGACUGUUACAACAAAAAUCAACUGGGCAAGCAAAUCAUUUUUGAAAAGUGCGAUUGAAAAAGGAUCCAUUGAGGGCCAGAAAACUUCUAUUGAUUGUAUGCUAUCCGAAUUAAAGGACGUCAUUUACGCUGCCAAAAGUAAAAAAGUCGUGAGAAAAAGAACAAAGAGCCACGACAAGCAUAAACGUAUUCAUAAUAAUAUUGAGCGGAGAGGCUCUCAAGACCAUGAGACAAGCAAUAAUAAGGAUGUUUUGACGUAUGCUUUGAAUUUUGUUCGAAAUAUUUUGAGUUGGGAUAUUCUUAAGGAUAUUUUUGUGUAUCCUCAGAAAUUAGUUUUGAUCCUGGGUAUGAUCAUCAUGUGCUUUUGGUUCUCAAGGCUUUUCUUUUUUCAAGGUCAGCAUAAUCUUCAAAUCAUCAAACCGGGAAGGUUGCUCAUUGACGGUCAAGAAUAUAGUUAUGUGCCCAGUUUUGGAACACUAUAUAGCUCAUAUGAGAAUACCAUAUCAUCUGGCAAGAAGAAAACAAAUAUGAAUUACGCACAAGAUAGCAACCCUAUUAUUGGAAGUGAACGCGAUAUCUGGGACUGGAUAAAUGAUAGAGGAAGUGGUGUAUUACCUCAAAAGCAUGCUAUACUGGGAAACGUUAACGGACACAAAUUGCAACAAUUGGCAGACAGCGUUGAAAUAACAGAAUUACAAAUCAACCAUAUUAGGAAUAUGUUGGACAGCAUUAAGGAGAACGCCGAGAAUACAUAG